AUGAUGUGUCAUAACCUGAGCUCAAUAGAACUUAACUUCUCCGUGUGAUCGUUGUCGAAGAUCGUACUAGAUGGAUUCGUAGUAUUCUGGUGAAGCGCAUGCUUAAAGAAGCUUGUCCCUCCUCAGAGAUACGAAUUUAGUCAUUGUUAUAGAAAGAUAAGACCUGUCCAUGAAAGAUUUUUCUUAUACACUUGGAGUCGUCUGCAGAAGGAAAAAUGUCAACGAUUAGUCGCACCGCUCCCUUUUGCGAUUACUUUAACCUUCAUUUAUCUUUCCCCUGACUUCUCUUUGAUACGUAUGACAAUCAAAAAACCUAUCACACUUUGAAUACAUUUCGGAAGAGCGUCUCGCCAUUAGCUCCCGGUAAUACCAAUGUUAACCCGCAAUAAACUUCAGCCACCCCAUAACGACAAAAAAGAAAAUACCCCUCACGAAGCUUCAGAACUGUCAUGGCGUGCCCAUUCCAACGGAACUGGAUGGCAUAUCAUAGAUUCUUAUCCCGAUAACCCACACUGAAAUUGUAUUAGCACCAUCUAUGAAAAGCAAUCCGGAGGACUACUCGUCCUGCGAAUAAAACGAAGGACGCUCUCGACAGGUAAAUCAGACUUGCGAGAAUAGAUGGGAUUUUGCUCAGCUGCAAGCGAUCGACCUUGGCCUAAUAUCGUACGGCAGUGAAGAAUCGUCUCCGGGGAAGGAUAACUAUCAAUGAUAGGAUAUCGACUGAAAACGUGAAGGUAGUAAAAUAUCAGAGAUAACAUAGAAUAAGUCGAAUAUUCCAGGAAUCCAAGGAACGUCAAAGGGAUGUAGAGGAUCCCUAGGAAAAAAGACUUGCGUGCGUGGUAUAAAGUUGCAACUGGUUAAGGGGAUUCUAGACCUUGGCCUAAAUAGUGAGCAGGGAAUUAGGCAAAUCGGGGAGCUGAAGUCGAGGAUGCCGAGGUAUUGAUGCAGGCUGCUGGUUGACAGGAGCCCCUAGCCAAAGCUACCUGCAGCCCAGACCUAUAAUAUCCAGGCAGGCCUAUACCCUGGCCAAGCGGACGCACGCGCAUUGCCAUUCUCAUGCUAAGAGUGGGAUCGCACAGGAGCACGAAGAAGGGGUCCUGUGUCCUGUUUACAGGAUAACAGGAUCCUUCUUCAGUGUCGCGAUAUACCCCGACACUACAAGGACGUUCUGUUUGUUCCUCGUAAUGCGCUCCUAGUGGUGUUCGACUGUCGUGCGGCAACAGAAUACCGAAAGACUGGUAUUGGAUGAGCUCCGGUAACAUGUUCUCGAAGUUCAAGAGUAGCAGUGCACCGAAUGCUCUCGAAUCGAAUCCCAUAUGGCAUCAAUUCGAAGUGGGCAAGCAAUCGGCGACUGCUGGCCCGGAACAUGUCUGGAGGAUUUUGGACGCAUAUCGAAAAUGCGACGGCAAGGAGGUGUCGAUAUUCCUCUUCGAGAAACGAUCAGUGGAGAAACUUCAUAAGCCAAAACGCAAGGAAACCGUCACGGAAAUUUUACGUGUUGGCGUACGUCAAUUGGAGCGCUAUCGCCAUCCAAAGAUAUUACAGGUGAUGCAUACCGUGGAGGAGUGUGCGGAAACCCUGGCCUUUGCCUCUGAACCCGUAUUGGCUAGUUUAGCUAACGUUUUAGCAUUCGAAGAACAGAAAGCCAAUGCUAUGGCACAGUCCUCCACUGCUCAGCAACAAAAUGCACAGACUCCCAGUCAUCGUCCUGUUUUCAGCAAGGAAUACGAGAUGCUGGAUAUCGAGCUGAAGUAUGGAUUAUUACAGAUCACAGAGGCACUAUCCUUUCUGCACUAUAGCGGACACGUGCUCCAUAGAAAUGUCUGUCCAAGCAGUAUCAUUAUCACAAAGAAGGGAACCUGGAAAUUGUCCGGUUUAGAUUUUAUUGAGCGCGUGAGUGAGAUAGAUGGUUUGGAACCGGUGCCUUGUCAGUCUUGGACCAACAAAUUAUCAAAAAUGGCUCAACCGAAUCUCGAUUAUAUUGCUCCGGAAGUGCAACAGGACCAAGUCUGCAAUAUACUGAGCGACAUGUUCAGUCUAGGAAUGGUAAUAUGCGCAAUAUUCAAUCAGGGUCGUCCUUUGAUCCAGGCGAAUCAUAGUUGCUCUUCGUAUCUAAAGCAGCUUGAAACUCUUGAUGAUCAAGUCCAUAAUAUUCUACCGCGAGUACCUGUACCUCUUCAGGAAGCUGUGGUCAGACUGCUCCAUAAGGACCCUAGACAAAGGCCUACUGCGCAGCUGCUCUCUCUUAUUAAAUAUUUUAGCGAUCCCUCGGUGCACGCUUUGCAAUUUCUCGAUGUAAUUAAUAUGAAGGACUCUACGCAAAAGGCACAUUUUUAUAGAAACACCCUGAAGGAAGUGUUGCCUUAUAUACCACGAAAAUUAUGGUAUCAGCACAUUUGGCCCUAUUUGCAAGCAGAAUCAAAAUCGCAAGAGGCUUUCGUUGCUGUACUACAACCGAUGCUCUACAUUAUACAAGACAGUACUGUCGAGGAGUAUGAAAAAGUAAUUCUACCCUCAUUCAAAGCUGUUCUUUCGACCCCAAAAUCGAUUCAGGCGACCGUGAUACUGUUAGAAAAUUUACAUUUAAUUUUGGAAAAGACCCCACGAGACGAUAUUAGAUCCGAAGUCUUGCCAGUUCUUUACUCGGCUUUUGAAAGCUCUACAAUUCAAGUCCAAACAGCAGCUCUGGUUGCCGUUUCCAAUGUGACGGAAUAUUUAGAUGACAUGGCAAUACGAAGGAUAGUUCUACCGAAGUUGAAGUUUGCCUUUGAAAGGAAUUCCACCGACGUCAGAAUACUAAUGAACGUCCUUUCCUGUAUUUUGGAUCGACUGGAUAAGCAGCAGAUCAUCGACGAGGUCCUUCCACUACUCUGGGAUGUAAAACUUCAGGAACCCGAGAUCGUUAUGCGGGUUUUAAAUAUUUACAGAAUCAUGCUAAACGAUAAAAAAUACGGACUCUCGGUAAACUUAAUGGCAACAAGGGUGAUGCCUUCCCUGCUACCGCAAACGGUGAAUCCGGCGCUGAAUUUGGACCAGUUCACUCUGCUCCUGGAAGUCCUUCAGGAGAUGCUUAAUCACAUAGAGAGAAAUCAACGGAAUAAACUCAAGCUUGAUAACCUUUCCUUGCCAAGUCCGGAAAGACACCGGUCCUUGAGACAUCAGUACAGUACUGACAAUAUGCAUGCACCGCCAUUCAACAUACCAAAUCUCAGGAUUGAACAACGUAAAACAUCAUCAGCCGAAGAUAUGGCAAGAAAGAAUUCAAUCGGUUCCAUGUCAAUGACUGCCUCGGCCGAAAAUAUGGCCAGAAAGAAUUCAAUGGCUGGAAUGUUAGGAAGCUGGUGGUUCGGUUCAUCAUCCUCAACAAACGACGGUAAUUUCCUACGCGUAGGAAGUACCUUCACAAGUCGUCGAUUGUCCGAUAACACUUUAAUGACGCCUAAGAUACGUAUAGCACCAUCGUGCGCAAGUUCACCGGGCGGUACGCCAGGUGGCGGUUUACCAAUUCGUCGACAUUCCAGUACAGGACCUCAGGAACGUCGAGGAUCGAACAUAAAUUUAUCGCCGCCAACAGGUGGCGGCAUGCCGAUCACAAGCAGCAGCGUCCCGUAUCUUCUGAGUUCAAGUAUGAACAGUAUUCGCGGCUCAAGGCGUCCUUCGGUAUCCUCUACGUCUUCCCAGCAGGGUACAGGACUCCUUCAACAAUUUGGCUCCGGCAUGGUAAGACAACUCCCCCCCAUCUGCCUCAACCUCAAUGGACCACCAACACUCUCUCCAUCACUCCAGCCAUCGGGACAGCCUUCCCACUGACCCUUGGUUACAGUUACCAACUUUUCUCUGGAAGAUCAUAAGCGUGCCAUGGGGAUACCCAUGGUGAUUUUUGUGGCUUUUCUCUCGUCUUGCCAUUUACGCCUGACAGUACUGUGUCAAAUGACGUACAGACUGUAAACCUAAUGGGCAAUGUUAUGGGUCUAGGACGUCAAGAGAACGUCAGCCACGCGAUGACGUCUGUAAAGGUACAUAAUAGUCUGGCAGUCUCUCAGUUAAGAUUACCUCGUCUUAAGGAAACGGAGUAUGAGGACAAUCGACAGGGAUCCUAGAAAGGUCAUAAAGUAUGAUAAAUGAAAUAGAGCGAAUAUAUGGUUUUCUUUCGUUACGUCAGAGUAGAUGCGGGAAAGUAUACUUUAAAAAUAAUAAUUACUUAUCUAGAUCGCAAUCACAUGAAUUUUUAGUGAGCAUCGCGCAGUGUCUAUCCUUGGCAUGCUAAGCUAGACCUGUCAGAAAAAGAAAUGUGUCAAUUUAUUAUUGAAUAAUAGCCUAGGCUAGGCUGAACAUUAUUAUUCCACCAUAGACUUCUAAUGAGAGUGUUGUCACCUUUGGUUUUCUCUUUUUCACCUUUUCUUUUUUUUUUUUUGCUAACUCGAUCAACUUCAUAAUCACGUUGAACAGAAGAAUUAUAUCAUCGUCGCUUUUCGACGUGUACAGUUUACAAAUUAGACGAUUUUCAAAGUACUUGGAUUAUCAGUCGAAUUAUACUCUAGAUACACAUAGGCAGCCUAAUGUUAACGUUAUUUACGCGUAUACAUAUCCUUGGCCUCAUUCAGAGAGAAUAUUUUCUUGCUAACGUAGCUUUAAUAACGAGCAAAUAAGUCGUGGAUAAAAAUCUGACGUUGGUAUAGUAACUGAAGUUUAAGAUGAAGAUAGAGAAUGAGAAGAUAAAGAAAAAGAUAGUAGUAUAUUUUAUGGAAGAUCAGUCUAGAAGUGAAAAAUCGCAAUGGCCAGUCUACCCAUGCGCAAUAUGACUGGUGUGAACAGUGUAUCGUCAAUUGCCGUAUUCUAAUUACUGCAUUAACAAUCAUUAAUUCUUAAGGUAGCUUUUAUACUCGACGGCCUGAUACGAGAGAGAGAAAGAGAGAGAGAGAGAGAAAUCAUAACGCGCGAAAAUCGCGCCAUUCGAAAGUCACGAAAUUAAAGAUUGGGCCACCAGAUGAAAGUAAAGUAUUUUUCAAGCAAAGUGAAUUUAACGUCAUUUUUCACAUUCAUUCUUCAAAUUGCACAGCUCCCUAUUUCAUUCGCCACGAGCCUUUACGUUGCCGUGCCAAAUCUUAACAGAAACGUUAGGCGAUGAUAUUUUUUCAAAUUAUCCCAACAGUAUUUCCUUGCAUGGUUUUCGUACCUGAGCAAUUUCACACGGGUCGAUUCGAAAAAGAAAUGCUUAAUUUCGAAAAACAAAGAAGAGUAUACAAAAAAUAACAAAGAUCAAAAUAUAUGAGCGUACAGUUAAAAUAAGGUAUGCACCUGAUUCAGAAUCCAUAGAAUAACGAUAACCAGGAAAGUAAGGUGGAUGAAGAAUGUUGAAAAUUGAAUGAUAAAAACUAAUCACUUCAAAUUCCGUCAUAAAAAGUCCAGCUACGUCGAGUCAUGAGUAUAUAGUAUAUAAGAGCGCAAGCAUAAGGUUUAUCUAAAGUAGUAGGUUGUGUUCGUAUUCGUAUAUAUAUUUAUUCUAUCCCCUUUUUACUGUGAUACACGGACCUAUCCUAUCGAUCGAUGUUUCAUUCGGUUCCUAUACUGUCAACAGACCGAUAUAAUUAUAUAUAAUAUAUAUAUAUAAAUUCUAACCUGUUAAGUCUGACAGCCGUGGAUUCGUCACGGCUAUCUUAUCAGAGGAUAGUUUAGCCCAUCUUCAAUCACAGCUUUUUGUACCUGCAAGCAUAGAGAUAUUUAUUUACCAGAUGAUAUAAAUAAUAGCGAUAGUAUAUGAUGGCAGCGGUACGCUUUUACGAAUUAGCGACAGAAGAGGGUUAUAGUGCACUUGCCGUAAUUCGAAAUAGGUAAACCCCUCUUUUAUCGCCUGGAUCGAUUUAUCAUUUAUAAUCGGCACAAAGAUUUAUUGGCGGGUGCGGUCGUAUAAUAACGGACGCACCCUCUCUUUUAUCGAUACACCUUCCUAAUGUGCACAUUCUCGUGCAACUCAUGUCCUAAAAUAUGGAAUUUAUUCAGGUCAAGAUUUAGAGGGAAUAACUCUUAUCGUGUCAAUGCAUUUCAUCUGUAGUAGCGAUUAAUGGAUGGGUAUAAUAUUAUACCUAAAUAAUUACCUACGUAACUAUAGUCAUACCUAUUCUAUUUAUGUCAUGGGACACUUUGAAAGCGCUUAUCGAGAGCUUUAUCGCAUUAUUCAUAAUUUUGUCCCAAAACUUUUCCUACGAUUAGAAUUGCAAGGUAAUGCAGUUUUGUGCUACGGGGAUAAUACAGAAAAAUAAAAUCUAAAAGAGAGAAAUCGAGAUGAAUAACAUAAGUUCAAAACGAGGAUACAGAUUAUAUACACUAUAUACAUAUUAUAUAUUAUAUAUAUGAACUUCGGUAUAUGUGCGUCAAACGACAAUGAAUGGACACAAUCACUACGGUAACCUAAUAGUAAAUGUGGUUAUUGUUUUAAAAAAAGAGACGACUACAAAAUUAAGUGUCCUUAACAUUAAGAAUGAAAGGCGCGAUUGAAAUUUCGAUCGGUGGACACGAGUCCGAUUUCUUGACAAUCAACGACAAUCAUUUAACGAUUUAUCAGGACCGGAACUCGUUCCCGCAUCACGUGACGCGAUCUUCGAGAGGCGUAAUAAUUUCAAUGCGUAAAUUUGCAAUAAACGAGAAACGUCAAAAUUGCGGAGGAUUGAGAAGGCGUGGGCAUAGAAGUCUCGCGAUUAACGAUCGAAAUUUCAAAUGCGAUUAAAAUAAUCAUCGUUCUGUCCUAAGUGUGAACUCAUUACUAUACGCAACAGACAAUCGAUAGACAGGCGUAGACAUUAUUUCUAUUAAUCGUUAGAAAAGUAUAUCGCAUUCCCUGUUGAAAAAAUUUUACUCGUUACAAGAGUAUAUCCUGGUACGGCGUCAGUUUCGUCACUUUAGUGAAAGAAAACUCUUGAUAAUUUUAUCCUCUGAUACGAAUAACUCUCGCGAUUAUCCUCUACGCGUUAUUCAUUAAUAGCAUCGGUAAAUUUCAUCCUUAUCACCGAUCGCCUCAAUGCAAUAAGGAAGGAUCUCCUGUGACUCACGUAGUUGAUAUUUGUCACUUCAUUUUCAAAUUUAAUAACUUUCUAGUCGAACUUUAAGCUGAGUCCAACGUGUGGUCCACUGUGUAGAGUAUUUUUGAAGAUAUAUAAAUACUUGUGGACUACUAAUACGCGACGCGCGGAAUGUUAAUUGGCAACCGCCAAUAAAAGUUUCGGAUAAAACAAUCGCGAGUCAGCAGACGUAACCUCGUCAGUCCCUCAAACGAUUGGUCGCACUUUAUUUUAUACGUUUCGUAAAAGCACUAUUAUAUUUAUUCGGAAAAGUACUGAAAUUGCGUACGUCCAUUUACGCGUGGUCGUGAUUACGAAAAUUCGAGUAUACGAGGCAGCAAGCUGUACGAAAUUCAAGAGAGUCGUACCGACUUAAUACAUUUCCUAGUGAAUGUUUACAGUUUACUAGCGACUGUUAGUUUUUAAUAAAUGUGUUAAGUGUCACGUAUACUACAAAAGAAAAAGAAAUACAAAAAAAUUGCAAUUCAGAUAAGUAGUGACACGAAGUCUUGCGUUCGGGAACUUUUGAGGAGGAAAGUUUUCGUAACGGCGCUCGAUCCAUUAACCAGAAAUGACGAGCCUUUGAGAAAUCGAUUAUACUCGUUGAACCCGAGGAAGGUUUAUUAAACUGAUCGCUUUCUCGUACGCGAAGAACGUGAAGAUGGAAGGUAAUACGGAGCUACUUGUUGGCGAUCUCUUGCAUUUAGAGUGUCAAGCGAUAAAAUUACUUGCAAUUAUUGUUCGAUUUUACAAGCGUAUUUUACGAUCGCUCCACUUUCAUAUUGAUAUCAAAUUAUGGCGAAUUCGAAAGAUGCGGGAAUUUUCGAAUAUGAUUUAUGGGAUGCUGAAUUCAAGAUAACGCCGACAAGUGAGUUGCUCAAAAAACUCUUCAGCAAGGCUAUGUGUUCAAAACAAAUUAUUCUUCGUAAGUUUACUUAGAUAAUUAAACUAGAGGGCAAUCGAGGAUUUUUUCUGGAUUAAGAAUAAUCAAUCAUUUACUUAUAUUAUAUGAAUGUCUAUUUCAUGUAUUACUUUUUAAAAAUGCAAUAAAAUAUCCAUUCUACUGAU